CAUCCUUUUUCUCUCUCCCACAGCCGCAACGCAUUUGGAGAAAGUAAGAAAAAUUUAUUAAGAUGGCGAUCAUCCAUCUUGACAACAACCAUAGUUUGCUUUCAUUGAUUUUGUUAGUUGGAUUAAGCAGUUGGAGUACUUUUGUUGAUGCAUCAUCUUACAACGUUGUUGACUUUGGAGGCAAAGGUGAUGGAACAACUGACUCAACACAAGCAUUUCAAACGGCAUGGACUAAUGCUUGUGCCUCCACAAAAAAGGCCACUAUUUAUGUUCCACGAGGAAGAUAUUGCCUUCAAAAUGUAACAUUCAGCGGACCUUGCAAGAACAAGGCAAUCAUCUUUCGCAUUGAUGGCAGUAUGGAAGCUCCCUCUGACUAUCUAGUUAUUGGAAACUCUGCGGCUUGGGUUGUGUUUAGGCAUGUUGAUGGAAUGACUAUCUUAGGUGGUAGUCUCGAUGGAAAGGGAGCUGCGUUGUGGGCUUGCAAGAAUUCUUCUUAUAACGCUCUUUGCCCAACUGGAGCCACGACCCUUGAAUUCUCCAACUCAAAAAAUGUGGUGGUCAAUAACCUAAAAUCACUUAAUAGCCAAAUGUUCCAUGUAGCCAUAAAUGGCUGCGAAAAUGUGAUGGUUAAAGGCCUUAGGGUCUCAGCAUCGAGUAAUAGUCCUAAUACCGACGGAAUUCAUGUGCAAUCAUCCUCUAAUGUGACCAUUAUAAAUUCCAAGAUAGGAACUGGAGAUGAUUGCAUUUCAGUUGGUCCUGGUGUUUCUAACUUACAAAUUCAAAAUAUUUCCUGCGGACCUGGGCAUGGAAUAAGCAUUGGUAGUCUCGGAAAAGAUGUAAAAGAGAUUGGGGUGCAAAAUGUUACGAUAAAGAAUGUUGUAUUUUCACGCACUGAAAAUGGGGUACGAAUCAAAACAUGGGGGAAGCCAAGCAAUGGGUUUGCUACUGACAUUGUUUUCCAGCACAUUGUAAUGAACAAUGUUCAUAAUCCAAUUGUUAUCGAUCAAAAUUAUUGUCCAACUCACAAAGGCUGUCCAGGCCAGGCUUCUGGAAUUAAAAUUAGUAAUGUGACAUACCAAGACAUCCAGGGAACAUCAACCACUAAAGUUGCAAUCAUGUUUGAUUGUAGUCCGACAAAUCCAUGUAUUGGAAUAAAGUUAGAGAAUGUAAGUCUUACGUAUAAGAAUCAAACGGCCGAAGCUAGAUGUAACAAUGCAAGAGGAAUUGUAGUUGGUCAAGUUCAACCCACUGCUUGUCUCUGAGGAAACAGCGCUACGAACAAUAUAUUAGGUUUGAAUGUGUAUAUAUUAACGUGCAGACAUGGCUUAUGUAAUUCAAAUAUUUAUGUUGGGAGUGAAAGUAUGUAUAUUUAUUGUAUCAUGAAAAUUUUAGAUUGGAUAUUCA